AUGUUCAACCCGGCUACGCCUGAUGCCUGGAAGAUGAAUACUCCUUACUUUCCAUUUGUUUCUUCCGGGUUAUUUCCUGCAUCGGCACCCUCGUCGCCCACCAACUUAGAUGCCGAAGCUGCCAGUUCCCAACAAUCGGAAGCAAGCUAUCUGGAUAAGGAGAAGAUUGUCCGAGGGCCACUUGACUAUCUUCUGAAAUCCCCAGGAAAAGACAUUCGUCGGAAGUUUAUCCACGCCUUCAAUGAAUGGCUACGCAUUCCUGAGGACAAGUUGAACAUUAUCACGGAAAUUGUUGGAUUGCUUCACACAGCCUCCCUUCUAAUAGACGAUAUUCAGGACAAUUCUAAGCUUCGACGCGGCCUCCCAGUGGCCCACAGCAUUUUUGGUAUUGCGCAAACAAUCAACUCGGCCAACUAUGCGUACUUUCUGGCUCAGGAAAGGCUCCGCGAACUGAAUCAUCCCGAAACGUACGAAAUAUACACCGAGGAACUGCUCCGUCUGCACCGCGGUCAAGGUAUGGAUUUAUACUGGCGGGACUGCCUGACCUGUCCCACAGAGGAGGACUAUAUUGAGAUGAUCGCGAACAAGACUGGUGGCCUUUUCCGACUGGCUAUUAAGCUUAUGCAGUUGGAAAGCGAAACGAAAAGCAAUGUCAUCGAACUAGCAGACUUGUUGGGGGUGAUCUUUCAGAUUCGGGAUGAUUAUCAAAACUUACAGAGUGGACUAUACACCAAGAACAAGGGAUUUUGCGAGGAUUUGACGGAGGGCAAGUUCUCCUUUCUGAUUAUCCAUAGUAUCAACAGUAACCCGAAUAAUCACCAUCUGCUGAAUAUACUACGGCAGCGGAGCGAGGACGAUUCGGUGAAGAAGUAUGCCGUUGAGUAUAUCAACUCGACGGGUAGUUUUGACUACUGCCGGGAACGGCUCGCUUCCUUGUUGGAAGAAGCGGAUCAUAUGGUCAAGAAAUUGGAGAAUGAGGCUGGGCAGUCAAAGGGGAUCUACGACAUUCUGAGCUUUCUGUCGUGA